AUGUCUUCUUUGCUUCAACUGAAGCAUGAGCAAUCUUGUUCCUAUAAUUAUGAUACUCUCAAGUCUUGGAAGCCCAAUACCAAUUGUUGUUCAUGGACUGGUGUCACUUGUGAUGGACACACUGGUCAUGUGAUUGGUCUCGACCUCAGUUCAUCUGGACUCUGUGGUCCUAUCCAUCCCACCAGUGGACUAUUCCAUCUUUGUCACCUCCAAUCACUCACUCUGUUCAACAAUUCAUUUAAUGGCUCUAUUCCAUCUGGGUUCGAUCAACUCUCCGAGUUAACACAUCUCGACCUCUCUUGGAAUCCUUUUCGAGGUCAAAUCCGUGCCAAUUCUACCCUUUUCCUCCUUCCUAAUCUCCAAACACUCAAUCUCUCCUCCAAUAUAUUCGAGGGCUCUAUUCCAUAUGGGUUUGAUCGACUCUCGAAGUUAGUACAUCUCGACCUCCAUUGGAAUUCUUUUGAUGGCCAAAUCCAUGCCAAUUCUAGCAUCUUCCACCUUCCUAACCUCCAAUCACUUGAUCUCUCUGGCAACAACUUCGAGGGCUCUAUUCCAUAUGGGUUUGAUCGACUCUACAAGUUAACACACCUUGCACUCUCGGAAAAUUACUUUGUUGGUCAAAUUCCAUUAGAAAUCUCCCGAUUGACAAAUUUGGUUUCUCUUGAUCUCUCCUUCAACACAGGGUUGAAACUUGAAAAACCCAACCUGAGAACUCUUAUUCAUAAUUUAUCCAGUUUGAUUGAGCUUGAUCUUGAUUGGGUGAACAUGUCAGAUUAUGAUAAGAAUUAUUGGUAUCGGAGCUUAUCCUCGAUGCUCCCUAACCUUCAACGGCUAUCAUUGUCUAACUGUUCACUUUCAGGGCCCAUGGAUGCAUCCCUUUCAAACCUUCAUUUCCUCUCAGAGCUCAAUGUUGGCUUCAACAAUUUAUCUUUCAUGUCAAUACAAGAACUCCUAGGGAGACUUCCUUCUUUGAGAGUAUUGAUACUCUCAUCCACAGGAUUGCAUGGAGAGCUUCCAGACAACUUUUUCAGCCUACAACCAGACUUACAAGAUUUGUACUUAUCCUACAACAAUCUUCUCUCAGGUAACUUACCAGAAUUCCCUCAUGUAAAUUCUCUGCGGUAUUUGGGGGUCAUCUCAACCCCACUCUGUAGAAAGUUGCCCAAGUCGAUCAACAAUCUAAAGUUGUUGGAGGCAUUGUCAAAUCCCUUCCUUUUCGAAGGACCGAUUCCAUCUUCCUUUGCAAAUCUUACCAACCUUCAUUCUCUGGAUCUUUCAGAUAAUAGUUUGACAGGCCAAAUCCCUCCUUUUGCAAAUCCUACCAACUUUCUACUUCUGAAUCUUUCAUAUAAUAGUUUGACGGGCCAAAUCCCUUCUUUUGCAAAUCUUAUCCAACUUUACGAAUUGGAUCUUUCAUAUAAUAAUUUGACUGGUCAAAUUGAUUCCUUCUUCAAGGAUGGAGAUUCCAAUAUUAGGCACAUAGUCUUAAGGAACAAUUUGCUUCAAGGACCGAUCCCUACCUCAGCCUGUAGUGGAGAAACUAAUCUGGAAGUUCUUGAUUUGUCUUAUAACAAAUUGAGCGGUGUGAUUCCCAAGUGUUCUGGUCCCUUGGUAAUUGGCAAUCUAAGUGUCCUCAAUCUAGAGCAGAACAACUUGCAUGGGCCCAUUCCUGAUGCUUACACCAAAGGUUGCAAACUUCAAAUAUUCAAAGUCAAUGGCAAUCAACUCCAGGGGAAAUUACCAACAUCAUUCGAAAAUUGCAAGGAUAUGGAGUUGUUAGAUGUUGGGAAUAACCAGUUGAGCGACACCUUCCCCUUCUGGUUGCAAAGCCUACCCCAAUUGCGUGUUUUGGUUUUGCAAGCUAACAAAUUCUAUGGUCCCAUUAAACAAAAGUACUCAAAGGCUACUGCUGAUUCUCAUUCUCCCUUCCCACUGCUACAUAUGUAA